GUAUGUCCUUCCAUCAGGGUCGAGGAGGGGGAGGUUGCCCCAGAGGAAGAGCACCCCCAGGUCAACAUGGGGGUCAACACGGCUCCCACCAAAAUUACCAGCCCACCAACCUAGGACCCCCACCUCCCCAGCCGCCAAUGCUCCCCUACCAGUACGACCCUCAGGCCCAGCACUGCACCUCUCACAGCUACGGUGGCCAAGGAAACAGUGGUGGGGGUGGUUACAUCACUGCACAUUCAGACUACAUGUCUUACCCCCCUCCAGUGCCCACUCAGGGGGGUAUGGCGGUCAGCCCCCUCAGCCAGUGCCCUGUACGCCCGCCCUUCCCCAACCCCCAGAGCCACCCCAACUUCCCCCCUCCUCCUCUUGCCGGCAACUCCAUAUCUGGGUCUCCAGCAUCAGCUCAGAGUUCUUACCACUAUAUGAUGCCUUCCGUACCCCCUCCACCCCUCCCUCACCCUCCCGGCAUGCCUCCUACCAUGCCUCCCCAGUCCAUGAGCUACCAUCAACCCCCCUACGCCAUGAACUACUCCCAUCCUCCAUUCCCUCCUCUGCCCAACUUUAGCCCAGGUGACUACGGCUCCCACCAGGGUCCCAGCUCCUUCAAGCCAGACCACGGGGGCUUCAGGCACGGUCCUCACGGAGGAGGAGGGCAGCAGUACAAGGCUGAGAAACAACAGCAAAUGGACGACAGAGGUCAGAGGUCGCCGGAGAGAGGCAGAGGGGGUCGCCAUGACGACCACAGGCAGCAGAAGGGUGGCUAUGCUUACGGCAGUCAUGGUGGCAGUGGUGGUGGGGGCGACAGACACAAGAUGGAUUUCCCCAUGAACCAGAGAGGGAAGGACCGAGGCAGGAGUCCGGACAGACGCAGGCCGGAGGGAGGGAGACACCGGUCAGAGUACGAGCAGCGUGGGAGGACUCCUCCUACUCGUCACCGGAGUAGAGAACGCAGCAGGUACGUGUCGGUCCCAUACCCAACCUAUAAUGUCCUCAUUUACAUUUUGGUCAUUUAGCACAGGGUUUCCCAAACUCGGUCCUGGGGCCCCCCUGGGUGCACAUUUUGGUUUUUGCUCUAGCACUGCAAAGGUUGGGGGGGGGGGGGGGGGGGGGUUGGGAAACCCUGAUUUAGCAGACACUCGUGUUCAGUGGACUUCAUGUUAUGCAAUACUGUGUUUGCUUUGAUGGAAUGCUUUCAAUACCAGAUCUGUAUCUGUAUGUUGUACAUUCUAAGAGAAGUGUGUGUCUGUCUGUGUGUGUGCGGGUGUAUGUAUUCUCAGGGAGAGGCAUCGCCACAGAGACAGUCGGAGGUCUCAGUCACCUGACAGACACAGGAAGAGACCUAGAAGGUAAUGGAUGCUCACGUUGACUCUUAAAAAAUUAUUUAUAUUUUUUCCUCUAAUCUGUGUCUGCGUGCAUGUUAUAGACCUAUGGCUAUAUUCAAUCUGUAUCGCUGAAGCGUUACGAAUUGGCAAUAUACAAUUUAAGAUAAUUUUGGAUUGAGCCAACAUAUGCAGCAACAAAUACAACUUUAAACUUGAAUGCAGUCUCCGCUAACGUGGGAACAUUGCCUUUAAAUUUCCCUCAUGCUGUAACGCUGAACUUUCAUGAUACAUAUUGAAUAGAUCCCCUAGUCAUAAUACUGAACCCUGAAAGUACAUAGCUUGUUACCCACAUCUUUGAUUUAAAUUAUGUGCACACAAUGCAACUAUUUACACAGUUGGAGCCGAGAUGGAUGUCUGUCUCUCUCUCUCUCUACUCUCUCUCUUGCUUUGUUUCCCAAUGUGACCAUUUCCUCUCUCCCUGCAGUCGAUCAGCCAGCAGAGAGAGGAAGCGUGGUCGCUGGGAGGAGGAGAGGGACCGGAGGUCCGACAUUCCGGGGAUGAGCAGAGACAGAGAGCGCAGCUAUACCUCCGUUAGGAGCCGAGACACAGAGACUGAAGUCUCCAUAGACAGGGACAGAGACCGGGAGAGAGAGAUGGACAGGGAGAGGGAGAGGGAGAGAGGAGAGAGGGAGAAAGGGGAGGGAGAAGAGAGAGAGGAGGAUGAGUUGCUGAAACCUGCGUGGAUCCGCUGUACCCAUGCUGAGAACUACUACUCCAGCGAUCCGAUGGAUCAAGUGGUAGGAGGCUAAUCCUGGCUUUUCUCUGCUGACUUUGAUAGUUUGACACAAACAGGUUCAUUCUGUAUGAAAAUGUAACCAAACCGUGCCAUAUUUCAGAUUUUCCUGAUACAGUAUGCACCAGAAAUGUAUUUGGAAAAUGUCUGAGGAUAUAAGACCAUAUGAACAGUUACAUCUCUGAUAAUCAUUAGGGUGUUUACAAAAGCUCUGAUCUGUCAGUGAUUCUCUGUCUGAUUUUUACCACUACAGCUUUAUACUCUCUUUCAACCAAUUGCUCAAACUUCUCAUACUGCCGUUUGAAACUCUGUGUGACCCUGUUUUGUUGCUGUAGGGUGAUUCUACGGUGGUGGGGACCAGUAAACUGAGGGACCUGUACGAACGCUUCGAGGAAGAGCUGGUCAAGAGACAGGAGCGUGCUCAGUCAGCCCGGCCCAAAUGGGACCCUCCCAAGACCAAGCUAGAUGAGGAGCCCGGUACUGUAUUGAUAUCAGAUAGUAUCCCCAAAGGUAUUUCAACUCUAACACUGGUUAUGUAACAGUGGAAUGUGAGAAUGACAGUCUUGUGUUGAAGUAAAGAAAUACUGUCGAACCUGCCUUAUAAACUGUGUAGAAUUUGCCUUGCCAUGUCUGAGAUUGAUGAAUGUGAUUAGGAAUGACUUCACAGACGUGUCAGACAACUAGGAGAGUUAAAAAGAGAGAUUGAUUAGCUACAACAUUUAGUGCACUAAGAUUGACAGUGUUCAGUGUUGUCAACCUGUUUUCAGUUGCAAUUACUGUCUUUGCUGUGAGUUCAGACCUCUCUGUGUGUGGACUAGCCACCGACAGUGCAAAAAAGAAAGUGAAACCCUGUGCACAGCAGUGCGUCUAUGUAUAUCCAGGUGUUGGUUUUUGCAGGAACAACUAGUAUUCAAAAACAAGUGUAAAAACCAUACAGUAGAGAAGACAGGUGACCGAAAGUUAGUGUUGUGUUGAGACCCCUCUGUUUGCACUAGCCACUGACAGUGUCCUGGUUGAUGUGUGUCUGUUCCAGAGGAGAGCCACAGCCACAGCAGCAGUGAGUCAGACUGUGAGUCUGACGGGGGAGGCAGUACCUGCUCCAGCAGCUCUGACUCUGACCUGUUUGACGUGAUCGCUGAGAUCAAGAGGAAGAAGGCCCAUCCACACCGUCUGCAUGACGAGCUGUGGUACAACGACCCAGGACAGGUCAGAACCUCCUCCUCUUGAUUAAUUGAUUUAUUGAUUUAUUUGAUUGAUUGAGGAGCUGUGGUACAUUGACCCUUGUUGUAAAAAAAACCCGAAACCGAUCAGAAAAUGGUCCUUCAGAAAAUCAAGUUUCAUAGUUCAGGAUGCCUUUCAGAUCAUAAUGAAUAGGUUUACAUAGAGGGAACAGAUUGUAGAUCACCACUCCUACUCUGAGCUUUAUGAGUACAGGCCCUGCUCUAACAUGGUCUAGCACAGCCUGUUUCUCCAACUCUGGUCCUGAAGAGCUAGGGUUGUGCAGGGUUUCAUUCCAGCUCUGCAGUACCACACCUGGUUUAAAUGCAAGGCUGUAAUGAAAGCCUUUACACCCAGAUGAAGAAUCCAAGUCUAACACAGAACUAGUGUUGAAAGAGACAAUAUUCCUCCAAAAUACUUGUAAUGGCAUUUUAUUUGAAACCUUUUUAAACAAUGCCCAUGACAGGGUAACUAUGAUUAAAAUUAUGUGAUGUUGGAAACACAGUGUCCGAAUGCACGUCAUUUAAUCCUUUAACUGUUUAUUGCAAACUUGUUUUUUAUAAUAUGUGCAUUUUAAGUGAUUCAUUCUGUUUUGGUGACACCAUCUUUUACGUGCUGUCAAAAUGUCACCUCUUGUGUUUAUGCGUACCACACACAUGCCACAACUCCCUUCAGCACUUUUUACAAAUAUAUUUUAGAAUUUUUUUUACUGUUACAGUUUGGCGUAGUGUUCAUAGUGGUUAUGGCUGUCCUCUGUGUGUGUGUGUGUGUGCAGAUGAACGAUGGGCCGUUGUGUAAGUGCAGUGCCAAGUCCAGACGCACAGGGAUACGCCACAGCAUCUACCCUGGAGAGGAGGUACACACACACACAACCUACUCUACUCUCCCCUCUCUUCUGAAAUGUCUUGCAUUGAUUCACAUUAAAAUACUAUUGUAUGGUUAUGCUACAGACUAUUGAACAUAGUCUUUGUACUAUCUCUCUCCAGUCGGUGAAGGAAUGUCGUCCGAUGAACAACAACUCUGGGAAGCUCUACCACUAUAGAAUCACUGUGUCUCCACCUACUAACUUCCUGGUAUGAAUACAUCUGUCUCUCUCUCCCUCUUGAUCCCUCUCACAGUUCUGAUGAGUUUUCUUUCCUGAACACAUGACCUUACCUUGAGUUUGUAGUUUGUCCUGGUAAGGUGACAUGGUCAGGACAAGAUGUUAGGCCCUAGAUGGACCUAAAACCAUGGCCAUAGGAAUUCUCUUAACUUUACAUCAGACUUCAUUCUGACAUUUCCGGUAUGUAUGUGUGUGUUGUUCGCAGACGGACAGGCCUACGGUGAUUGAGUACGAUGACCAUGAGUACCUGUUCGAAGGCUUCUCCCUCUUCUCCCACAUGCCUCUCACUAACGUAAGCAAUUUGCAAUGGAUCCAUCCUGUCGUUAUACCCUCCACUCCCUCUGAUCUCUCUCUCUCUCUAUGCCUGUUGUUUGAAAGUAUAUGCAUAGCUCAGCACAUAGCUCUACUGUUCCCUCUCCAUCCUCCCUCGUGUCCUCCAAUGGGACAACCUGUGCCACGUCAGCUGCGUGCGUGUGCUCCGUCCCUACAGUCAGGUUUAUAAAGCAAAGCACCCAUUAAUAAUUCAGAGCCAUCGACCAGUGUUUGGCUUUAAAAAAACAAUAACUUAAAAUCCGCCCUUUGCGUCGGUCCUUUCCUUUGUUCCAGAGUCAACCUCAGAAAAAGUUAGGUGUGUCCCAAAUGGUACCCUAUGGGCCCUGGUCAAAAGGAGUCCACUAUAUAGGGGAUAGGGUGCCAUCUGGGACACACACACUACGUUCCCUUCCAGCCACACUGCUGAUGGCGACCUAGUGAUUUAAGUCCUCUCCCUCCCUCUCUACUUUUAAAGGCCCGUCAGUAAAUGUCAAAUAUUAGAGGUUGGGACUUGAAAGGCCUCAUACGUAUCGACAGAGGAUCCCUCUUUAGCAGAGGUUUUCAAAAUUGAGGCGUGCCACCCCAGGGCGGCGUCAGAGAGUUUCAGGGGAGGCUUGAAAGGCAAGCCCAGUCCAACUGUUUUAGGUCCUCUCAUAUACAUUUUUGUCCCAAAAUCGAUGGCAUGCAAAGCCUAGCUGAAUAAGGCAGAGAAGGAGAGUUGUGUGUUUGUAAAAUGAAGCGAAAUGCACAUAUUUGGUCAGUUAUUCCAAUUUGAAAACGAUUUGGCGAGAAUUAAACCCAGAUUACCGCGGGAUAAUUUAAACAACCCCUUGAAAAACCUUGCAUUACAGAGGGUGCGGGGAUUAGAGACUCCAGAACGCAGCGAGAUUAGCCCCUGCUAGUUAGCUAGAGGGGUGGGCACCACUGCAUGAUGUACGGUGGGCCAGGUUAAUCAUCCAAAAUGGACUCUCGUUCCGACACAAAGAGCAUGUAACUGGGAGGUUAAACACGGAAGAGCAGGCUUAUCUCCUUAGAGAUUGGAGUCACUUAAUGUUGAAAAGCCCUGGGUAAAGAGAGACCGCUUGUGUGUUUUUGGUGUGGGUUGUGUGUGUUCGGUAUUUGUGGGUUGUGUUUUUUGCAGUGUGUUUGUGUUUGGUGUCCGGUGUGUGCACAUUUAUGUGUGCGUGUGGUUUUUUGGGCUGCAGCCACUGCUUAUGGAGAUGAGGUUUUAAUGAGUUUCCUUGAAAAGCUGUAACCUCUGUCUAACACCAUGGUAAUGAGUGUUCCUCUACUCUCUUCUUCCCUCGCGCCCCCCCACCCCCCCACCUUCUCUUUCAUCAUCCCAGAUUCCAUUGUGCAGAGUGAUUCGUUUCAACAUAGAUUACACCAUUCACUUUAUUGAAGAGAUGACACCAGAGGUCAGUAAAGCCCCACUUUCUCUCUCCUCUCUCUAUCUCAAUUCAAAGGGCUUUAUUGGCAUUGCCAAAGCAAGUGAAAUAGAUAAUAAACAUAAGUGAAAUAAACAAUACAAAAAUUCACAGUUAACGUUACACACAAAAGUUCCAAAGGAAUAGAGACAUUUCAAAUGUCAUAUGGCUAUAUGCAGUUUUGUAACGAUGUGCAAAUAGUUAAAGUACAAAAGGGAAAAUAAAUACAUAUAAAUAUGGUGUUUGUUCUUCGUUGUUUGCCCUUUUCUUGUUGCAACAGGUCACAAAUCUUGCUGCUGUGAUGGCACACUUUGUUAUUUCACCCUAUAGAUAUGGGAAUUUAUCAAAAUUGGAUUUGUUUUCUAAUUAUUUGGGGUCUCUGUCUCGCUCUCUCCUCUGUAAUUGGAGUUAAAAGGUUGUUGUUCUUCAGGUUAUCUCCCCCCCCCAGUCUUUUGUUCUCCAAACGGUCAUCUCUCUCUCUCUGUGAAAACACCCAAGGCUGUAAAGAAGUAGAGGUUGUUUUUAACCUACACCAGCUGAAUGGGCUGAUAAGGAAGUGUUGUAAGCCAAAGUUUAGGGAACUGGAUUUGACUAUCAGGUUACAUAUUUCAGCAUUAAGAUGCUUGUGUGUGAGAGAGAGAGAGAGAGAGAGAGAGAGAGAGAGAGUGUGUUAACCCUUUGUUUCCCUAUGUCCUUGUUCAGAACUACUGUGUGAAAGGACUGGAGCUGUUCUCUUCCUACCUAUUCCAGGAUAUACUGGAGCUCUAUGACUGGAACCUCACAGGUGAACAAUACACCAUACAACCCACAAGUACAAGUACAAGUGCAUCAAAGCUGGGACUAAGAGACUGAAAAACAGCUUCUAUCUCCAGGCCAUCAGACUGUUAAAUAGUCACCACAAGCCAGCCUCCGCCCAGUACCCUGGCCUGAACGUAGUCACUGUUAUUAGCCGGCUACCACCUGGUACGCUACCCUUCACCUUAGAGACAGCUGCCCUAUGUACAUAUAGUCAUUGAACACUGGUCACUUUAAGCUUGGCACAUCUAGCCACUGGGAUCUUUGCCUGUUCUUCAAGGCAAAACUGCUCCAGCUCCUUCAAGUUGGAUGGGUUCCACAGGUGUACAGCAAUCUUUAGGCCAUUCCAAGACAUUUAUGUUUCCCCUUAAACCACUCGAGAGUUGCAUUAGCAGUAUGCUUAGGGUCAUUGUCCUGCUGGAAGGUGAACGUCCCAGUCUCAAAUCUCUGGAAGACUGAAACAGGUUUCCCUCAAGAAUUUCCAUCCAUCAUUCCUUCAAUUCUGACCAGUUUCCCAGUCCCUGCCGAAGGAAAAACAUCCACACAGCCUGAUGCUGCCACCACCAUGCUUCACUGUGGGGAUGGUGUUCUCGGGGUGAUGAGAGGUGUUGGGUUUGUGCCAGACAUUGUGUUUUCCUUGAUGGCCAAAAAGCUCAAUUUCAGUCUCAUCUGACCAGAGUACCUUCUUCCAUAUGUUUGGGGAGUCUCCCACAUGGCUUUUGGCGUACACCAAACGUGUUAGCUUAUUUUUUUCUUUAAGCAAUGGCUUUUUUUCUGGCCACUCUUCCGUAAAGCCCAGCUAUGUGGAGUGUACGGCUUAAAGUGGUCCUAUGGACAGAUACUCCAAUCUCCACUGUGGAGCUUUGCAGCUCCUUCAGGGUUAUAUUUGGUAUCUUUAUUGCCUCUCUGAUUAAUGCCCUCCUUGCCUGGUCUGUGAGUUUUGGUGGGCGGCCCACUCUUGGCAGGUUUGUUGUGGUGUCAUAUUCUUUCCAUUUUUUAAAAUGGAUUUAAUGGUGCUCCAUGGGAUGUUCAAAGUUUUGGAUAUUUUUUUUAUAACCCAACUCUGAUCUGUACUUCUCCACAACUUUGUCCCUGACCUGUUUGGAGAGUUCCUUGGUCUUCGUGGUGCCCCUUGCUUAGUGGUGUUGCAGACUCUGGGGCCUUUCAGAACAGGGAAACAAGUAUUUGAUCCCCUGCUGAUUUUGUACGUUUGCCCACUGACAAAGAAAUGAUCAGUCUAUAAUUAUGAUGGUAGGUUUAUUUGAAUAGUGAGAGACAAAAUAACAACAAAACAAUCCAGAAAUACGCAUGUCAAAAAUGUUAUGAAUUGAUUUGCAUUUUAAUGAGGGAAAUAAGUAUGACCCCUCUGCAAAACAUGACUUAGUACUUGGUGGCAAAACCCUUGUUGGCAAUCAGAGGUCAGACGUUUCUAGUAGGCGGCCACCAGGUUUGCACACAUCUCAGGAGGGAUUUUGUUCCACUCCUCUUUGCAGAUCUUCUCCAAGUCAUUAAGGUUUCGAGGCUGACGUUUGGCAACUCGAACCUUCAGCUCCCUCUACUGUAUGUGUGUGUGUGUGUGUAUAUAUAUAUAUAUAUAUAUAUAUAUAUAUAUAUAUAUAUAUAUAUAUAUAUAUAUAUAUAUACACAAACACAGUACCAGUCAAAAGUUUGGACACACCUACUCAUUCAAGGGUUUUUCUUUAUUUGUACUCCUUUUUACAUUGUAAAGUAAUAGUGAAGACAUCACAACUAUGAAAUGACACACAUGGAAUCAUGUAAUAACCAAAAAAGUGUUAAACAUAUUUUAUAUUUGAGAUUCUUCAAAUAGCCUCCCUUUGCCUUGAUGACAGCUUUGCAGACUCUUGGCAUUCUCUCAGCCAGAUUCAUGAAGUAGUCACCUGGAAUGCAUUUCAAUUAACAGUUGUGCCUUAAUUUGUGGAAUUUCUUUCCUUCUUAAUGCGUUUGAGCCAAUCUGUUGUGUUGAGACAAGGUAGGGGGGUAUACAGAAGAUAGCCCUAUUUGGUAAAAGACUAUGUCCAUAUUAUGGCAAGACCAGCUCAAAUAAGCAAAGACAAACAACAGUCCAUCAUUACUUUAAGACAUGAAGGUCAGUCAAUAUGGAGCAUUUCAAGAACCUUGAAAGUUCCUUCAAGUGCAGUCUCAAAAACCAUCUAGCGCUAUGAUAAAACUGGCUCUCAUGAGGACCACCACAGGAAAGGAAGACCCAGAGUUACCUCUGCUGCAGAGGAUAAGUUAAUUAGAGUUUCCAGCCUCAGAAAUUGUAGCCCAAAUAAAUGCUUCAGAGUUCAAUUCACAGACACAUCUCAACAUCAACUGUUCAGAGGAGACUGCUUCAAUCAAGCCUUAAUGGUCGAAUUGCUGCAAAGAAACCAAUACUAAAGGACACCAAUAAGAAGAGACCUGCUUGGGCCAAGAAACACGAGCAAUGGACAUUAGACCGGUGGAAAUUUGUCCUUUGGUCUGGAGUCCAAAUUCGAGAUUUCAUAUUCCCUAUUGGAGAUUUUUGGUUCCAACCGCAGGGUUUUUGUGAGACGCGGUGUGGGUGAACGGAUCAUCUCUUAAUGUUUAGUUCACACCGUAAAGCAUGGAGGAGGAGGUGGUGUUAUGGUGUGGGGGUGCUUUGCUGGUGACACUUCCUGUGAUUUAUUUAGAAUUCAAGGCACACCACAGGAUUCUGCAGCGAUACGCCAAUCCAUCUGGUUUGAGCUUAGUGGGACUAUCAUUUGUUUUUCAACAGGACAAUGACCUAACACACCUCCAGGCUGUGUAAGGGUGUUUUACCAAGAAGGAGAGAGAUUGGGUGCUGCAUCAGAUGACCUGGCCUCCUCAAUCCCCCGACCUCAACCCAAUUUAGAUGGUUUGGGAUGAGUCGGAUUGCAGAGUGAAGGAAAUGCAGCCAACAAAUGCUCAGCAUAUGUGGGAACUCCUUCAAGACUGUUGGAAAUGCAUUCCAGGUGAAGCUGGUUGAGAGAAUGCCAAGAGUGUGCAAUGCUGUCAUCAAGGCAAAGGGUGGCUAUUUGAAGAAUCUAAAAUCUAAAAUAUAUUUUGAUUUUCUUUUAACACUUUUUUUGGUUACUUCAUGAUUCCGUAUGUGUUAUAGUUUUAAUGUCUUUACUAUUUUCUACAUUGUAGAAUAAUAGUGAAGGAAAACCCUUGAAUGAGUAGGAGUGUCCAAACCUUUGACUGGUACUGUAUAUACAUAAUGUGUGUAUACAUACAUAUCAUGCUGAAACAGGAAAGGGCCUUCUCCAAACUGUUGCCACAAAGUUGGAAACACAGAAUCGUCUAGAAUGUCAGCGUAUGCUGUAGCGUUAAGAUUUCCCUUCACUGGAACUAAGGGGCCUAGCCAGAACCAUGAAAAACAGCCACAGACCAUUAUUCCUCCUCCACUUAACGUGACAGUUGGCACUAUGCAUUCGGGCAGGUAGCAUUAUCCUGCCAUCCACCAAACCCAGAUUAGUUUGUCAGACUGCCAAAUGUUGAGUCGUGAUUUAUCACUCCAGAGAACGUGUUUUCGCUGCUCCAGAGUCCAAUGGUGGCUAGCUUUACACCACUCCAGCCGACACUUGGCAUUGCGUAUGGUGAUCUUAGUCUUAUGUGCAACUGCAUGGCCAUGGAAACCCAUUGUAUGACACUCCCAACAAGCAGUUAUUGUGCUGAUGUUACUUCCAGAGGCAGUUUGGAACUAGGUAGUGUCUUGCAACCGAGGACAGAAGAUUUUUACUCGCUACACACUUCAGCACUCGGCGAACCCGUUCUGUGAGCUUGUGUGGCCUACCAAUUCAAGGCUGAGCUGUUGUUGCUCCUAGACAUUUCCUCUUCACAUUAACAGCACUUACAGGUGGCCGGGGCAGCUCUAGCAGGACAUAAAUAUUUGUCUAUGGAGAUUGCAUGGCUGUUUGCUCGAUUUUUUUACACCUGUCAGCAAAGGUUGUGGCUGAAUUAGCCAAAGGGGGGUGUCCACAUACUUUUGUGUAUAUAUAUUCCGGACUCUGACAUUGCUCAUUCUGAUAUUUCUUUAUACAUUUUUUUGGGAAUUGUGUGUAUUGUUAGGAAUACUGUACUGUUGGAGCUAGAAACAUAAUCAUUUUGCUGCACCUGCGAUAACAUCUUCAAAAUAUGUGUACACGACCAAUCAAAUUUGAUUUUGAGACUAAAGGUGUAUUUUCAGUAUCUUUGUUGUUUCCCCACACAGCUCCCGAGUGGGACAACCAAUCUCCUGGAUGUCAGAAGUUCCACUUCAUGCCUCGAUUUGUUCGCUUCUUACCUGGUGAGACUGUCCCCUCUUCAGAAAACUGUCUCUCUGCUGGAGAAUGUUGGUACUGCAUGCUGUUUGUUUGUUGUAUGUGCUUUGUGUUCAUGAGUGUGUGUGCGCAUAUGAGUUGUCCUCUUAGAUGGAAAAUCCAAUUUUAGAAAUGCACUCUGUCCACGUGAACAUUUUGUAAUUGGAGGUCAGUCAAUUUUGCAUGAGUGUCUAAACCUGAGUGUGUUCUCUGUGUGUCUGUUUCUUUGUCGGUCUCUGUCUGUCGGUCUUGUUUCUCUGUGUGUAUGGGUUUCUGAAUGUGUGUUUGUCUGUUUCUGUCUGUGUAUCUCACGAUCUCUGUGUUUGUCCCUCUCUGUCAGAUGGUGGUAAGGAGGUGCUGUCCAUGCACCAGGUGCUCCUCUACCUCCUGCGGAGCUCCAAGCCUCUGGUCCCUGAGGAGGAGAUAGCUGACAUGCUGCAGUGGGAGGAACUGAAGUGGCAGAAGUACGCAGAGGAGUGCAAGGGCAUGAUCGUCACCAACCCUGGCAUGGUGAGAGAGGACAAGAGCACUGUCAUGGACUGUAUUCAAAAUGGUACCUUAUUCCAUAUAGUGCACCAAGGCCCAUAGGGUGUGUGCCUGUGAUUGACAGAGUGCUAGAUUGGCAGGGGUUGCAUGUAUUCCAUGAAUUCAGAUGCUAUUUUUGUAACAUAAUAACACUGUACUUACCAAAGUCUGAUAGGAUCUGAGGCUGUAUGUGUCAAGCGUCUCCGAGUAGGAGUGCUGAUGUAGGAUCAGUUUAGCUUUUUAGACCAUAAUGAAUAAGAUUUCUAUGGACAGAUCCUAGAUCUGAGACACUUGAUCCAUAUGUUCCCUGGUCUCAUAGUCUUUGUUGUUGUUGUUGUUUCAGAAGCCUAGCUCUGUGCGUAUUGACCAGCUGGACAGAGAGCAGUUCAAUCCAGAGGUCAUUACCUUCCCCAUCAUCGUCCACUUCGGGAUCCGGCCCGCCCAGCUCAGCUACGCCGGGGACCCCCAGUAAGAUCCUCCCUGUAACCCUCAAACCCCAACCCCGUCACCUCUUUACCACCCAGGAUCUGUACUCCUCCCUCUUCCCACCACCUACGCCAGAGACCCCCCGUAAGACCCCUACCACACAGGACCUAUACUAUACUCCCCCCUGCCUCUCAUCCUCCCCGCGUCCUCCCUCAAGACACACUCCUUUCUCUCCCUCCUCCGCCGUUCCCCACACUGCUUAUUCAAAGCAUCUCUCACAGGACGGCACUCUUCUGUGUUUGUUGAGAGGGAGAGAGAGGGGGGUAUGUUGGAGAGCGAGUGGGAGGGAAAGAGUGGCGUGACAUUUUCUCACAGGUCCUAAGGUCCCGCCGGGCACUGUCGCCGUAGGAACGGCACUGUCUGUCUCGUGAAUAGUAAUGACGCACACACAGAGGAGUAGAGGGAAUACUGUACUGUGCCUGUGCAUAAUUACCAAAAGCAUACUGUAUAUUAAAUUAACCUCUGCUAUCGUCUCUGAGGUGUAGAGAAAGCAACAAUAACAAAAACAAAGCGCCAAUCAAAAGUGAAACUCUUCGACUAGUUUUUCUUUGUUGUCUGUUAUCUGUAUCCUGUGACAGGAUUCCUGUCAGAUACUUUAAGGAGAUUAGGGGCCCAUCUGGAAUGGCACCCUAUUCCCUUUAUAGUGCACUACUUUUGAUCAGAGCCCUGGUCAAAAGUAGUGAACUUUGAAGGGAAUAGAUGCUGAUGAGGGAUAGAAGGCUUUAUAGGUAAACAUGAGAGAUCUCGUUAUGAAUCCCCACCAUUAGUUUGUUUCUGCUCAGGUCUUUGUCAUGUGAGUGAGGUUAGUCGCCUUUCAUAUUGUUAGGGAUGUCCGACCUUCCGUCUGUCUCCUUGCUCUCUCGCUGCGGUCACACACACUCACACGUACAUACACACACUCCCUGCAAACCUGAGAGCUGCAGACGAUAAUUUAUGGGCAGACGGGGACAUCAUUAACGACAGGCCACAGACGUGGAAAUGCAAUAAGAGAGAGAGCACCGGAACAUUCCGCCGCCAUAAUGAUGCGGGCAGAGAGGGCAGAGUUGGCUUUAAUUGCAUUGAUGGGAAUGCCACAGAGAGGGGAGGGAGUGGGGGAGAGCGGGAGAGAGAGGACACGGACACGGCUGCAUACGAUAAGCUGUCCCUUCCUGUUUCCUUGCCUUAGAAAAUAAUGUUUAGGGUUGUUCUAACCUCAGUAUCUCUAUAGAGGGCCAUUGAGAUGGAGGAAUAGAGAGAUGGAGGGAGAGAGAGGAAAGAAAGAAAAAGAGAGGAGUUAGAAGCAGAAGGUGGUGAACGAGUGUAAAAGAGAGCGACGGCAGGCAUGCAGCAUAUGGUAAUGAAAGAGUUUGUGGUAGACACACAUACCAGCCUGUGGCACCCUGAGAGAACAGAGUGAAUCUUCUGAAAGGUCAUGUGAGCGUGUUGGGGAGGGAGGCCUCCCAGGCUGCAGCUUCACCCUGCUGUCAUCUUCUCUGCCACGGCCCCCGGCUGCCGACCGUACAAAUACACGCCGUUAGGCCAGCGGUGAGCCGUCUCUGCCUCAGUCUCUCUCCACACCGUUCACUAAUGAAGUCCCCGUAUUAAAACUCUCUAAUUAUAAUUUCCUUAAUCUCCAGUCCUCUCUCUCUCUCUACCGCAUGUUUCUCUCUGUCUCUCCCCCUCUCCCUGUCCAGCCGGCCGCCACUCAUAUAAUUGAAUAACUUCGGCUAUAAAUGAGGAAAGAGCCUUAAUGGAGAGAAGCGGUCAGAGACGGGCAGAGUCACAGAGACAGUCUCCCUCAGUCUAUCAUUACUAGAGUCAGGCCGUCUGAGGAGUUUUUCAAUAGUCCAUCAUUAUCACCUUGCCCACAACGAUUUCCUUUUCAAAAGCAAAUGAAGACCAAAACCUAAUAUAAUAGAUUGUUAUUGGGGCAUGUAGAGAGAUUUCCCUUCUCUUGUCACACACAUACAGUACCAGUCAAACGUUUUGAUACACCUGCUCAAUCAAGGGUUUUCUUUCUUUAUUUUUUACUAUUUUCUACAUUGUAGAAUAAUAAUGAAGACUUCACAACUAUGAAAUACACAUAUGGAGUCAUGUAGUAACCAAAAAAGUGUUAAACAAAUCAAAAUAUAUUUUAUAUUUGAGAUUCUUGAAAGUAGCCACCCUUUGCCUUGAUGACAGCUUUGUACACUCUUGGCAUUCUCUCAACCAGCUUCAUGAAGAAUGCUUUUCCAACAGUCUUGAAGGAGUUCCCACAUAUGCUGAACACUUGUUGGCUGCUUUUCAUUCCUAAACCAUCUCAAUUGGGUUGAGGUCGGGUGAUUGUGGAGGCCAGGUCAUCUGAUGCAGCACUACAUCACUCUCCUUGGUAAAAUAGCCCUUACACAGCCUGGAGGUGUGUUGGGUCAUUGUCCUGUUGAAAAAUAAAUUGUUGUCCCACUAAGCGCAAACCAGAUGGAAUGGCGUAUCGCUGCAGAUUGCUGUGGUAGCCAUGUUGGUUAAGUGUGCCUUGAAUUCUAAAUAAAUCACCUACAGUGUCACCAGCAAAGCACCAUCACACCUCCUGCUCCAUGCUUCACGGUGGAAACCACACAUGCGGAGUUAAUCCGUUCACCUACUCUGCGUCUCACAAAGACACACAGCGGUUGGAACCAAAAAUCUCAAAUUUGGACUCAUCAGACCAAAGGACAGAUUUCCACCAGUCUAAUGUACAUUGCUCGUGUUUCUUGGCCCAAGCAAGUCUAUUCUUCUUAUUGGUGUCCUUUAGUAGUGGUGUUUUGCAGCAAUUCGACCAUCAAGGCCUGAUUCACACAGUCUCCUCUGAACAGUUGAUGUUGAGAUGUGUCUGUUAGUUGAACUCUGAAGCAUUUAUUUGGGCUGCAAUCUGAGGUGCAGUUAACUCAAAUGAACUUAUCCUCUGCAGCAGAGGUAACUCUGGGUCUUACUUUCCUGUGGCGGUCCUCAUGAGAGCCAGUUUUAUCAUAGCUCUAGAUGGUUUUUGCGACAGCACUUGAAGAAACUUUCAAAGUUCUGCAUUGACUGACCUUCAUGUCUUAAAGUAAUGAUGGACUGUCGUUUCUCUUUGCUUAUUUGAGCUGUUGCCAUAAUAUGGACUUGGUCUUUUACCAAAUAGGGCUAUCUUCUGUAUACCACCCCUACCUUGUCACAACACAACUGAUUGGCUCAAACGCAUUAAGAAGGAAAGAAAUUCCACAAAUUAACUUUUAAGAAGGCACACCUGUUAAUUGAAAUGCAUUCCAGGUGACUACCUCAUUAAUCUGGUUGAGAGAAUGCCAAGAGUGUGCAAAGCUGUCAUCAAGGCAAAGGGAGGCUACUUUGAAGAAUGUCAAAUAUAAAAUACAUUUUGAAUUGUUUAACACUUAUUUGGUUACUGUGUUAUUUCAUAGUUUUGAUGUCUUCACUAUUAUUCUACAUUGUAGAAAAUAGUGAAAAUAAAGAAAAAACAUUGAAUGAGUAGGUGUCCAAACUUUUGACUGGUAAUGUAUAUAAAUGUGGUAUAACUGCAGCGCUUUACAGAAGAGUGAAUAGUGAGUGAACUAGUGUUACAACAACCAACCAGCGCUUAUAGACUAUUUUAUCUCUGCUGCCUGGGUGGGUGAAGGCGGCCUCACCGACCUCUAUGGUCUGAAACAGCAGACGUACUGAAGAGCCAUUCCAGUCCACAACACACACACACAGAGCAGACUCAUGGAGUAAUGCCUGGAAGCUACUGUUAAAUUAUGUUUAAUAAUGGUCAGUGCCAUUUUAAAUAUUGAUGUGCUGUUCUGAGAGCAUCAGCUUGACUUCUGCUUUUCCCCCUCCCUCUCUCCUUCUCUCUCCCACCCAGGUACCAGAAGCUGUGGAAGAGCUAUGUGAAACUACGCCACCUGCUGGCUAACAGCCCCAAGGUCAAGCAGAUAGACAAGCAGAAACUAACACAGAGGGAGGUGGGUACCACACACUACUGUACAUCUCCCUGGCCUCAUUAUAAUUAAGUAUGACACAUGCCAGCUUCAUACAAUUGUAAUUUCACAGGAGCGUGAAGCUGAACAUGUACUAGUGUAAUUACUAGAACCAUCUAACAUCAGAUUGUAGCCGUGUGCUGCAGUGCUGAUGCCCCAUUCACUGUAUGUGUCCCAAAUGGCAAACCUAUUCCCUAAAUAUUGCACUACUUUUGACCAGAACCAUAUGGGCCCUUGUGUAAUGUAGUGCACUGUGUAGGGAAUAGGUUGCCGUUAAUGCUGCAACCACUGUCUAUAGCUUCUUUUCAUCUAUAGUGGGGAAAAAAUAUAUUUAGUCAGCCACCAAUUGUGCAAGUUCUCCCACUUAAAAAGAUGAGAGAGGCCUGUAAUUUUCAUCAUAGGUACACGUCAACUAUGACAGACAAAUUGAGAAGAAAACAUCCAGAAAAUAACAUUGUAGGAUUUUUAAUGAAUUUAUUUGCAAAUUAUGGUGGAAAAUAAGUAUUUGGUCACCUACAAACAAGCAAGAUUUCUGGCUCUCACAGACCUGUAACUUCUUCUUUAAAAGGCUCCUCUGUCCUCCACUCGUUACCUGUAUUAAUGGCACCUGUUUGAACUUGUUAUCAGUAUGAAAGACACCUGUCCACAACCUCAAACAGUCACACUCCAAACUCCACUAUGGCCAAGACCAAAGAGCUGUCAAAGGACACCAGAAACAAAAUUGUAGACCUGCACCAGGCUGGGAAGACUGAAUCUGCAAUAGGUAAGCAGCUUGGUUUGAAGAAAUCAACUGUGGGAGCAAUUAUUAGGAAAUGGAAGACAUACAAGACCACUGAUAAUCUCCCUCGAUCUGGGGCUCCACGCAAGAUCUCACCCCGUGGGGUCAAAAUGAUCACAAGAACGGUGAGCAAAAAUCCCAGAACCACACAGGGGGACCUAGUGAAUGACCUGCAGAGAGCUGGGACCAAAGUAACAAAGCCUACCAUCAGUAACACACUCCCCCUGCUUAAGCCAGUACAUGUCCAGGCCCGUCUGAAGUUUGCUAGAGUGCAUUUGGAUGAUCCAGAAGAGGAUUGUGAGAAUGUCAUAUGGUCAGAUGAAACCAAAAUAGAACUCUCGUUGUGUUUGGAGGACAAAGAAUGCUGAGUUGCAUCCAAAGAACACCAUACCUACUGUGAAGCAUGGGGGUGGAAACAUCAUGCUUUGGGGCUGUUUUUCUGCAAAGGGACCAGGACGACUGAUCCGUGUAAAGGAAAGAAUGAAUGGGGCAAUGUAUCUUGAGAUUCUGAGUGAAAACCUCCUUCCAUCAGCAAGGGCAUUGAAGAUGAAACGUGGCUGGGUCUUUCAGCAUGACAAUGAUCCCAAACACACCGCCCAGGCAACGAAGGAGUGGGUUCGUAAGAAGCAUUUCAAGGUCCUGGAGUGGCCUAGCCAGUCUCCAGAUCUCAACCCCAUAGAAAAUAUUUGGAGGGAGUUGAAAGUUCGUGUUGCCCAGCGACAGCCCCAAAACAUCACUGCUCUAGAGGAGAUCUGCAUGGAGGAAUGGGCCAAAAUACCAGCAACAGUGUGUGAAAACCUUGUGAAGACUUACAGAAAACGUUUGACCUGUGUCAUUGCCAUCAAAGUGUAUAUAACAAAGUAUUGAGAAACUUUUGUUAUUGACCAAAUACUUAUUUUACACCAUAAUUUGCAAAUAAAUUCAUUACAAAUCCUACAAUGUGAUUUUCUGGAUUUUCUUUUCUCAUUUUGUCUGUCAUAGUUGACGUGUACCUAUAAUGAAAAUUACAGGCCUCUCAUAUUUUUAAGUGGGAGAACUUGCACAAUUUGGUGGCUGACUAAAUACUUUUUUUCUCCACUGUAUAUUUAUUUUCUCUGCUUGCUCCUAUUGCCUUUGUUGAGCUUAUGUUUUGUUUUUGUUCUUUUCUGCAGUAGCUGCUGUCGAGGCUGUUGUAGCUCCAGCUCAGACUGUGUGUGUGCGUGUCUGUGUCUUAAGCGCACAGUCAAUUAGCCUGUUUCCCAGGUAGCACUGGCUAGGGGCUCCGGCAGCGUCACAUACAGUUACUGGUAUUCCCACUGUCAACCUAUAUACACACACGCGCGCGCGCCAGGUCAUCACAGCUCCAAGGGUCUGCUAUGUCAGCGAGUCUUCACCCAGCCAUGACAAUACAGCAACACUCCUAUUUUCCCCAACCCCCUGGGAACGUCAUUAGGAGUGUGAGUUUCUGUGUGCGUUCGCGUAUCACUUGUUCAUCCACAGGCCUGGUAAACGUUCAUCUAUUCUUUUGUGCUGAAUAGUGUAAAAUGAACGCUGCGACCAAACCAGUGCCGUUAAAUUGGAGAAAGAUGCUUUUCAUCCCAUCAGAGAAGAGAAGUUGGUUGGUGCUCUUGUUCGGUGACUGACUGUAUGAUAGCUGUUGAUGGUUUUUGCGACCGCACUUGAAGAAACUUUCAAAGUUCUUGAAAUGUUCCGUAUUGACUGACCUUCUUGUCUUAAAGUAAUGAUGUACUGUAGUUUCUCUUUGCUUAUUUGAGCUGUUCUUGCCACAAUAUGGACUUGGUCUUUUACCAACUAGGGCUGUCUUCUUUGACUGGUAGUGUAGUUUAAAAAGUAAGAGUUUUUGAGAUUACUAAUGUUACAUUCCCCACUACAGUUCUUUUUAAAUAAUACUUUAAUACAUGGAAUUUUGUCCUUGAAACAUUUAAAUGAAAUACUGUAGAAUUCCAUUCAUUCCUAUGGAGGACUGCUCCUACUGGGGAGUGCCAAUAUGGACGACCGGGGGCUUCAAAGCCUCUCAAUGGCCAAUACAUAGCAUCAGCAAUCCAGGGUUUAAUGCAUAGCUUUAAUUUUUUCCCAUACGAGUAGGAGUAAAAUGUCUCUUAUCAGCACUUACGACCAAUGUUCUACACUGAGACACUGGAUACUGGCCCAGGGCUGUGUCCUAAAUGGCACCCUAUUCCCUAUAUACUGGUUAAAAGUCAUGCACUAUGUAGGAAAUAGGGACCAUAGUGCUCUGGUCAAAAGUAGUGCACUAUAUAGGGAAUAGGGUGCCAUUUGGGAGUUGAAUGUCUCUGGUGCAGACCUCACCUCUCCUCUGUGUUACCAGGUGUCUGCUCUGCUGCAGGGGUUGACACUGUGUACACUUUAGCCCUAGAACCAAAGAUUUAGGGUUUUCUCGACAACCCAAAUGUGUGUGCAGUGCAUGUGUCUGCACUGUGUGUGUUGGAGCCAAAGCUAGCUGCAGGUCCUUAUAGACAGCCUGAUGCCUCUGGGCACGCCUCUCUCGCACACGCAACACACACACACAAAACGCACACACACACAACGUCAGCUGCCAUGCUGCCCCAUUGCAAUGCCUCAAUUAGCCAGGCCUAGUGGAGCUGUCUCUUGCUUCCACUUUUAUUGUGUCUGUCAUGAGAUGCGGGGGGUUGGAUCACUACCUGGAGAGAGGGGAGGAAGGAAGGAAAAGAAAGCUGUGUGUGCGUUCUGUAUACCCGUUUGUGUGUGUGUGUGUCGGUGUUAGAUUUGCGUCUCUCUCUCUCUCUCUGUUCUUGUAUCUUUAACUAUUUAUGGUGUAAUCUCCCAUGGGCGUAUUCUGCGAGUAGACCGGAGAAUCUGCUGGGACUGAACGGGAUGCGUGAGAUAAUGAGUAGCAUUAGUUCUGAUUUUCAUGACUGGUUAUUUGGAUGUAUCAGGAUUGGGCGAAGGCAGUGCUUAAACUACUUUUUCUCUAGUGUUUUGCGCGUGUCCCCACACUGAGAGGAAGAGAGUUUAUUUUUGUGAGGGUGGAGACUUCAUUUUUGCUCUCAAAGUAUGAACUCAAGUUAAUCACGCAGCUGACCAAAUUACCCAAUAUUUGACUUCUGGGUUAACAGACAUUGUGUGGUGGAAAGAUGGUUGGAUCAAUAAUGUAUGUGUGUUUGUCAGGAGGCUCCUAUCAGACACACACACACACACACACACACACACCAGGCUUAAUAAUGUGCGGGUGUUGUUUUAUCAGGAAGCCCUUCAGAAGAUCCGCCAGAAGAACACCAUGCGCCGGGAGGUGACUGUGGAGCUCAGCAGCCAGGGCUUCUGGAAGACUGGCAUCCGUUCUGACGUCUGUCAGGUAGGCAGGAGAGACGCUUUGCUGCCACACACACGCUAUACACUCCGAGACGCAGCAAACCUAUGCACAGAUCCACGCUCAAAUGCAAUAAAAUGCACACGCACAGAUGCACGCACAUAGAUACACAAGUAUGCACACACUCACAGAUACACACCCUACCACCUGUGGUUUUUCUACCAUCAUACCAUAACGUCAGCCACUCAUAGCAAACAAAGACACAUUGCCAGCAGUUUCUUGGCCGGUAGCUAGAGCCUACCACUGACGGCAUAUGAGCACUCGCUUUCUCACAAACACACACACACCUGCCCCCACACAGACACAAUCCUACACCGCCCCCCCAUCUCCUACUGAGGACUCAGUGAGUAAUAUGGUCUGGGAGUGGACCCAUGCUAAUGUUGUCUCAGCCACUCGGGCUGUAGCCUAAUUUGAGCGAGUCUGAUGGGUUGAGACACGGUCUUGCUUUGUUAAUUGGCUGGUUAACAAGGCCUUAGAGUGGUGUGGACGUGCACUGUGGGCGGUGGGUCGGCAGUCGAGGGCCAGGGGUGGGCUGACUGAUCAGCUCUGGGGCUGUGUGGGUUAGUGGUUAGCACAGAGAGAGCGAGAUAAAGACACACGGGGAGAGAGAGAGAAAGGGAUGGAGAGAGAGUGGAGAGAGAAAGAUGGCGCAGAGGAAAGGGAAAAAGAGAGCAAGCAAGCGAUGCAGCUCAUUUGACUGACCUGUAGGAACCACGGGCUCCCGCGGUAACACUAAUUAAAACAUGUAGCGCUGCCUGUCUUACGUGGUGGCGCAGGGUUAAUGGGUGUUCCACCCGCUACACAACGCUCCCCCCACUGUUCUCCUAGUACGGACUGAUGAGACUCCCGCUAAUGAUGGCUCAUAUUGGUUACUCUCUUUCUCUCACUUACUCGCGCAGUCUCUCCCUCGCCUCUCUCCCUCUUCUCUCUUUCUCGCUCCCUCACUCCUUCCUGUCUUUUGUUCUUUCUUUCUUUCUUUUUUAAACAUUUCCUUUUAUUUAUUACAAUUUAAAAUGUAUUUCUUUCUUUCUUUCAUUUCUUUGACACUGGCUAUGUUUCUGCAGAGGCAGGUUUCUUUCAGCUUGUUAAAAUAGAGGUCCUGAAUUUCCCCCACAACUCUAAUUUCUUCUCAUGGUGAAAAACAGUCACACUGAUUUGAAAUCUCCCUCUGUCGGAGCACCACUUAAUAAUGACUGGCUGAUUUGAUUUGACCAUGUUCUCUCUCCCUUCUCUCUUACUGUCUCUCUAUCUAUUCCUCUUGCUCUGUGUCUGUCUCUCUCUAUCUCUCUCCACCUCUCACUUCAUCCACCUCUCCUCUCUCUCCCUUUCCCCUUAUUUUUCCAUCUCUCAAUCUGUCUCACUCUCCCUCCCUCCAUCUCUCUCUCUGCAGCAUGCUAUGAUGUUGCCGGUGUUGACCCACCACAUCCGCUACCACCAGUGUCUGAAGCACCUGGAUGAGCUGAUUGGCUACGUCUUCAAGGAGCGCUGCCUGUUACAGGUGAGACGCACGAACACACACACACACACACACACACACACACACACACACACACACAACCAGUGUAGUCCCAUCAGGGCUGUAGCCUUCCAGAGCUCACAGCAUUAGCCUCAGCGCCUCAGUGCUGCCUCCAGCACUAUUGGAGAGCUGUCAUACAGAGACUGAUACAUUAGAAAUGAAUGUGUUGUAGUCAUGCUUAAAGAGAGGGGAUGGGCUGACGGUUGCCUCAUGUUAGCCUGUUAGCCUCUGUGUGUGUCUGUUUCUGUGUGUGUUACCCUGUGGUUAUAGCUGUCAACAGACUAGGCUUUUAUCAACCACAGCUAGGCUACACACACACAGCGCCUACACUGCUCAAAUUACACACAAACACAGCAUCAUGGUGGCCUACUAAUGUCAAUGGACACUGUGAUCAAACUGUGGGUGUUUUAUUAUGAAGGAGGAGCUUUGCGUAGGAGGGCCACGGGCACAUGCUGUUGACUACCACGGGGACUGAGGGGUUCCAGAUUUUACUGUGGCCAAACAACUUGCCCCUGCAACAGCUGGUUACACCAACACCACUGCUAUGUGCCUGCCUUAGCAAGGACACACAUACAGUGCAUUCGGAAAGUAUUCAGACCACUUUACUUUUUUCACAUUUUGUUACGUUAAAGCCUUAUUCUAAAAUUGAUUAAAUAAAUAAAAAUCCUCAUGAAUCUACACACCAUACCCCAUAAUGACAAAGCGAAAACAGCUUUUUAGACAUUUUUGCACAUUUAUAAAAAAUAAAAAAUAUUCAGACCCUUUGCUAUGAGACUCGAAAUUGAGCUCAGGUGCAUCCUGUUUCCAUUGAUCAUCCUUGAGAUGUUUCUACAACUUGAUUGGAGUCCACCUGUAGAAAAUUCAAUUGAUUGGACAUGAUUUGGAAAGGCACACACCUGUCUAUAUAAGGUCCUACCGUUGAUAGUACAUGUCUGUGAAAAAUCAAGCCAUGAGGUCGAAGGAAUUGUCUAUAGAGCUCCGAGACAGGAUUGUGUCGAGGAACAGAUCUGGGGAAGGGUACCAAAAAAUGUCUGCGGAAUUGAAGGUCCCCAAGAACACAGUGGCCUCCAUCAUUUUUAAGUGGAAGAAGUUUGGAACCACCAAGACUCUUCCUAGAGCUGGCCGCCCGGCCAAACUGAGCAAUUGGGUGAGAAGGACCUUGGGCAAGGAGGUGACCAAGAACCCGAUGGUCACUCUGACCGAGCUCCAGAGUUCCUCUGUGGAGAUGGGAGAACCUUCCAGAAGGACAACCAUUUCUGCAGUACUACACCAAUCAGGCCUUUAUGGUGGAGUGGCCAGACAGAAGCCACUCCUCAGUGAAAGGCACAUGACAGCCCUCUUGGAGUUUGCCAAAAGGCACGUAAAGGACUCUCCGACCAUGAGAAAGAAGAUUCUCUGGUCUGAUAAAACCAAGAUUUAGCUCUUUGGCCUGAAUGCCAAGAGUCACGCCUGGAGGAAACCUGGCACCAUCCUUACGGUGAAGCAUGGUGGUGGCAUCAUCAUGCUGCGGGGAUGUUUUUCAGCGGCAGGGAUUGGGAGACCAGUCAGGAGCAAGGGAAAGAUGAACGGAGCAAAGUACAGAGAUCCUUGAUGAAAACCUGCUCCAGAGCAGGGGGCGAAGGUUCACCUUCCAACAGGACAACGACCCUAAGCACACAGCCAAGACAACGCAGGAGUGGCUUCGGGACAAGUCUCUGAAUGUCCUUGAGUGGCUCAGCCAGAGCCUGGACUUGAACCCGGUCGAACAUCUCUGGAGAGACCUGAAAAUAGCUGUGCAGCGACGCUCCCCAUCCUACCUGACAGAGCUUGAGAGGAUCUGCAGGUGUGCCAAGCUUGACGCGUCAUAGCCAAGAAGACUUGAGGCUUUAAUCGCUGCCAUAGGUGCUUCAACAAAGUACCGAGUAAAGGGUCUGAAUACUUAUGUAAAUAAAAAACAAUUUAAUACAUUUUAGAAUUAGGCUGUACCUUAACACAAUGUGGAAAAAGUCAGUGUCUGAAUAUUUUUCAAUACACUGUACACACACACACAUACAGCCAGUGUAGUCCCAUCAGGGCUGUAGCCUUCCAGAGCUCACAGCAUUAGCCUCAGCGCCUCAGUGCUGCCUCCAGCACUAUUGGAGAGCUGUCAUACAGAGACUGAUACAUUAGAAAUUAAUGUGUUGUAUGCAUGCUUAAAGAGAGGGGAUGGGCUGAUGGUUGCCUCAUGAUCAUACACUCAAGGCACUCUUACCCUUUCAUAAACAGACAAAGAUCCCACUAAUUGACCAUGCCUGCUUCGUUUUACCUGCUUUUUGGUGAAAAGGAGUAGGGGGUAACAAACAUGGCUAAUUAAAAGACACCUAAUGACCUAGUCAUGAUUCCUGCAUUUUCACAGACCAUGUAACACCUCCCUAAUUUAGAUGUGUUUGUUCUUGUGCACGCUUGCAUUCAUGUGUUAACCUGCGGUAUUGUGCGUGUCUGUCUGUGAUUAUGUGUGUGUGAUAGGCAGUGGCCGUGUCUUUGUGUGGUAGUGAUGAUGGCCUGUCAUCAUUAUUGUUAAUUAGAAAGCCCUGGCUGAUGGUAGAGGCCUUACACUCACUCACUCACUCACUCAGACACACCACCAGUCCAUGUCCUGUAGUUUCCUCUAUCGUCCUGCAGGGGAGCUCUAGAUUACAACAUCCUUUUCGGUUAUAGAUGUAGUGACGGUUGGAGACAUGCAAGCAUCGUCGAUGAUCUCCUGCCUGCCCCCUUCUCUUCUGUUCUUUAAACCACCUCCUCCACCCCUCAGUUUCCUCACCCACCUCCCCCGUGCUCCUCCUCCCCGUCCCUACUCACCCUUCUCCCCUGACCUGUGCUGACAGGAACAGAGACUGCCUGAAGGGCCUCAAUUAUUCAACUGUACAACUCUACCACAGCCCCAUCUCAGAUGUUAUCUCACUCUGUGUGUGUUUGUGCCAAAGUGGAUCAUGUUUUCGUAUCUCUAAUUUCCAACAUAAUUAAUGGUCUAAAGUAGUGCACUAUAUAGGGAAUAUGAGGGGAUAGGGUGCCAUUUGAGAAACACUCAGACUUUCCUCCUGAGUUAUUAAAUCAAAUGUAUUUUUAAAGCCCUUUUUCCAUCAGCAGAUGUCACAAAGUGCUUAUACAGAAACCCAGCCUAAAACCCCAAAGAGCAAGCAAUGCAGAUGUAGAAGCACGGUGGCUAGGAAAAACUCCCUAGAAAGGCAGGAACUGAGGAAGAAACCUAGAGAGGAACCAGACUCUGAGGGGUGGCCAGUCCUCUUCUGCCUGUGCCGGGUGGAGAUUAUAAGAGAUCAUGGCCAUUAAGGCCAGGUCGUUCUUCAAGAUGUUCAAAUGUUCAUAGAAGACUAGCAGGGUCAUCUAUCAUGAUUACUCAUGUUUAGCCAAAGGCUGUUGAGGAGCCAAUAGACAAUGCAAUGAUCAGUAUAUCCAAAGCCCCAUAACUUCAUGCAAUCAUAAUUUUGACAGACUAGCAUCCUUUCCAGGGACCGGUUUUGCGAUAGCGAUGGAAUGUAGGCUUACGACUGUUUCUAAUAAUGCGUCUUUCCUACAACGGCCGAAGAUGUAACAUGCGUUUCCCAAAACACCACGCAGUGGGAACGGUCGCUAAGUGCGUAGUUGGAGCAUGAGUCGAUACGGAUAGGAUCGAAUGAAAGGGUAUGCUGCUCUCGGAUCAGCUUUCUCUGUUCAAAUCUAUCCUUAACAUUAUAAUUAUUUCACAAUACUGACGAUGGAUUAGCUCCUAAAGAGAUAUUACCACCUACGGCUGCAAAUAUUGAGGCAUGCGUAUUCUAAUGCUUACCCAAUACAAAUGCUCUAAAUUACCGAUUUGGAACAUAAUUGCGCACGUUAGGCUACACAGCAUGAAAUAUACUGAGACAAAUUACAGACCGUAGCCUACAAAUAGCAUAAUAGAACUCAAUUGAUUGAACAUGAAAUGUAUUUCAAUAUGAUUUGAAAUAGGCCUAUAGCUUACUGUUUAUCUUAAUGCAGUCAUCUCGGUUUUCAUUUGAAGCAUAUUUUUAUACAGUGCUUGUUUGUAUCAGUGGCAAAGGCAGUGCAACUUUGUAUUUGUAGUCAACUUUGUUCUGAAGUUAUGGUCACAGAGAGACGGAUAACCCACGAAGGUUAGCAGAGAUCUUCUGUGUAUAAAGUGACGUGGGAGGGCAAAAAAAGCAUCUAACACUUAGCUGUUCUGAGCGCUUUCAAGUGUAACGUUAAUAACUCUGUGAAGGAGGACUAAGUGUAUUGUCUUUGUCACUCUAUGGCUGCAUCCCAAAAGGCACAAUUUUCUCUGUACAGUGCACUUCUUUUGACCAGGGCUCAUAAGUGCCAUUCGGGACACAGCCGAUGUGUCUGACAUUUCUCUGUUUGCACAACAGGGAUAAUUUAGAAUUCCAAGUAUUUUUGUGUCAACCUUUCAGACAAGAGGACAGAGUUGUGCUAGACUUCUACUUGUACAAUGUCAAAUAGUUCUGAAAACUGUUGAAUGCAGUUCUGUUUCUUUUAGUUACAGCAAAAAAUAAUUUGUUUCUGUUCAAGGAUACAACCCUGGUGGCGUCUGGAGUGAUGAUUUUGAAACCCCCUCUGUUAACUUUUUACAUAUAUCUCAUUGGAGCUUGAAAUUGAUUUUAAGUUGGAAACCCGAGCAGUCCGUUGAGAGGAGAGAUGAGUUAGUGUUUUUGCUGAUAGAAGCUACAUUCUGAUAAUGUUAGAUUGAUAAAUGCUCGGCACGUCUUACUGAGUACUACAGCCAUAUUCUCUUUUCCCUGUUUCUCCUCGGUUGAUGAUGUUCGGAUCAGACAGACACCCUGCUUUCCAAACAAAGCACAGUGGUGGGGAAUAUGUGUAAAUCUUCUACUGUGCUACUGGCUUUUUCUGUUCUAAAAUGCUUGAUUUUAUUUAUACUUCCUUCCAUUUGAUUCAUAUUUUUGGGAUGCUAAUUCACAUAGUACAUACUGUAGCUCAAUUUAUCCAUUCAGAUGGUGAUACAUACGGUCCCAGAAGAGUCACCCAUCAGUCACCAUCAGCAGGUUCUGACUUCUUCUUCCUCUCUCUCCAGCUGGCCAUGACUCACCCCAGCCACCACCUGAACUUCGGCAUGAACCCGGACCACGCCCGUAACUCUCUGUCCAACUGUGGCAUCCGCCAGCCCAAGUAUGGAGACAGGAAGGUCCACCACAUGUACAUGAGGAAGAAGGGUGGGUACCUACAGUAGAAUACAUAUCCGCGCGCGCACACACACACACCAUCAUCAAUAUUGAUCGAUGGAUGUUUCUGUUGCCUAUGCUGACUAACCAACCUCUGUCUGAUUGGUCAGGAAUCAACACCUUGAUCAACAUCAUGUCUCGUCUUGGACAAGACGACCCCUCCCCCUCCAGGUAGGCCCUACUUCCAUAAGGAGGUCUAAGCAAUGUCACCAACCACUGAUGCAGGGGCCAUUCUUAUUCCAAUCUAUUAUGUAAUGUAUACUUAGCAAAUGCAAUGUCCCUAAGCCAAGCAGUUGCUGUCUUGCUAUGCCCUAGUGCGGGUUGGCCCUGCACAUAGUUCCAUGAGUGAGCCUAAGCAUUGUCACCAACCACUGAUGCAGGGGCCAUUUCUAUUCCAAACACCUUUGCAUUGUGUGCUAAUAAAUGUGUUCUAUAGAUUUGUGAAAGUUUGAGGCUGAAUAAAUACACUUGAGUAGAAUUAAUCAACUUGAUUCAAACAUGUAGGCCAUAUUUCAGGUCGCUAUUGGAUUUUCACCCCUGAUAUUUGUCAGAUUGUGUUGAUUUGGUCUCAGAGACCUGUGGUUCCUGUGUAAAUGUCUGAUAUACGAUAGACUGAGACCUCUCUCUCCUCUCUGCCUUCAUGUCUCUUUCUUAAUCUCUUUUUCUCUCUCUCUUCAGAAUCAAUCACAACGAGCGGCUGGAGUUUCUCGGCGACGCUGUCGUGGAGUUUCUCACCAGGUGAGAUUUACGUCCGUCAGCUCCCUCGCUCUUUUUCUCUUUCUUUGACGGACGCCUCCGCUAAUCGAACAUGGCGACAAUUCCCCCUCUCCUCCCCCCCUCCCCUCUCCUUUACUCUAGCCUGUGAUUUCCCCCUAAUUGGGUAUUCGGUUGUAAUUUCACUGUAGCUCUUUUCAUAGGGCCUGCUGAAAUUCUCCAUGACAACUAGCAAUUAGCUAUGAGAAUGUUGCGUGUGCUAUUGACUGAGUCACUCCCAGGUGAGAGGAGACCGCUGUGGUCCAUGCACCACUCAGCUUGCACUGCCACACCACUAAUUACAUGGUGCUAUUAUUACUACGCUGACUUAGUCAGUCAGUCGCUACAACUCUACCUAGCUACCUCUGCUGCAUCCCAAAUGGCACCACUUAUCAUUAUUAUUAUUAUUAUUAUUAUUAUUAUUAUUUUAUUUAUUUAUUUAACCUUUAUUUAACUAGGCAAGUCAGCUAAGAACUCAUUCUUAUUUACAAUGACGGCCUACCAAAAGGAAAAAAGGUCUCCUGCGGGGACAGGGGCUGGUAUUAAAAAUAUAUAAAUACAAUAAAUAAAAUAUAGGACAAAACACACAUCACGACAAGACACCACAACACUACAUAAAGAGAGACCUAAGACAACCACAUAGUAUUGCAGCAACACAACAUGGUACAAACAUGAUUGGGCACAGACAACAGCACAACGGGCAAGAAGACACCAAUACAUCACGCGAAGCAGCCAUAACUGUCAGUAAGAGUGUCCAUGAUUGAAUCUUUGAAUGAAGAGAUGGAGAUAAAACUGUCCAGUUUGGGUGUUUUUUGCAGCUCGUUCCAGUCGCUAGCUGCCGCAAACUGAAAAGAGGAGCGACCCAUGGAUGUGUGUGCUUUGGGGACCUUUAACAGAAUGUGACUGGCAGAACUGGUGUUGUAUGUGGAGGAUGAGUGCUGCAGUAGGUAUUUCAGAUAGGGGGGGGUGAUGCCUAAGGUUUGUUUUAUAAAUAAGCUUCAACCAGUGGGUAUAGAGUGCAGUGAUGUGUCCUAUAAGGAGCGUUGGUGGCAAAUCUGAUGGCCGAAUGUUAAAGAACAUCUAGCCACUAGAGAGCACCCUUACCUGUCGAUCUAUAAAUUACAUUUCCGUAAUCUAGCAUGGGUAGGAUGGUCAUCUGAAUCAGGGUUAGUUUGGUAGCUGGGGUGAAAGAUGAGCGAUUAAAAUAGAGGAAGCCAAGUCUAGAUUUAACCUUAGCCUGCAGCUUUGAUAUGUGCUGAGAGAAGGACAGUGUACCGUCUAGCCAUACUCUCUAGUACUUGUAUGAGGUGACUACCUCAAGCUCUAAACCCUCAGAGGUAGUAAUCACACCGGUGGGGAGAGGGGCAUUCUUCUUACCAAACCACAUGACCUUUGUUUUGGAGGUGUUCAGAACAAGGUUAAGGGCAGAGUAAGCUUGUUGGACACUAAGAAAGCUUUGUUGUAGAGCGUUUAACACAAAAUCCGGGGAGGGGCCCAGCUGAGUAUAAGACUAUCAUCUGCAUAUAAAUGGAUGAGAGAGCUUCCUACUGCCUGAGCUAUGUGGUUGAUGUAAAUUGAGAAGAGCGUUGGGCCUAGGAUCGAGCCUUGGGGUACUCUCUUGGUGACAGGCAGUGGCUGAGACAGCAGAUGUUCUGACUUUAUACACUGCACUCUUUGAUAGAGGUAGUUAGCAAACCAGGCCGAAGACCCCUCAUAGACACCAAUACUCCUUAGCCGGUCCACAAGAAUGGAAUGGUCUACUAUCAAAGUCAAUAAAAAUAGCAGCACAACAUUGCUUAGAAUCAAGGGCAAUGGUGACAUCAUUUAGGACCUCUAAGGUUCCAGUGACACAUCCAUAACCUGAGCGGAAACCAGAUUGCAUACCAGAGAAAAUAUUAUAGACAUCAAGAAAGCCAGUCAGUUGAUUGACAAGUUUUACUAACACUUUUAAUAAACAGGGCAAAAUAGAAAUUGGCCUGUAACAGUUAGGAUCAGCUUGAUCUCCCCCUUUAAAUAAAGGACGCAGCCAAGCAGUGGGAACAUCCCCAGAGAGGAGAGAAGUUAAAAAGUUCAGAGAUAGACUUGGCGAUGAUAGGGGCUGCAACCUUAAAGAAGAAAGGAUCUAAACCAUCUGACCCAGAUGGGGUCAAGUUUAAGGAGCUCCUUUAGCACCUCAGACUCUGUGACUGCCUGCAGGGAGAAACUUUGUAGCGGGGCAGGGGAAGAAGAGGGAGGAGCAUCGGGGCUAGUCGCAUUAGAAGGGCUGGGAGAUGAGGAAAUGUUGGAUGUGCAAGGAGGCAUGGCUUAGUCAAAUAGGAAUCCUGACUUAAUGAAGUGGUGAUUAAAGAGCUCAGCCAUGUGCUCCUUGUCAGGAACAACCACAUCAUCAACAUUAAGGGACAUGGGCAGCUGUGAGGAGGAACUACUUAGGGUUAGACCCACAGAGAGAGAACUGCUCCUUAAAGUAACUAACUUUGGCCUUCCGGAUAGCCUGAGUGCACUUAUUUCUCAUUUGCCUGAACGAGAGCCACUCAGCCUGAGUAUGCGUGUGCCGAGCCUUUCGCCAAAUGGAGUUCUUGAGGUGGAGUAACUCUGCCAGAUCACGGUCGAACCAGGGGCUGAACCUGUUUUUAAUUCUCAUUUUCUUUAUGAGGGCGUUAACAAUACCUCUAAAAAUAUAGUGUGCCUUGGUCAAAAGUAGUGCAUUAUAUAGGGAAUAUACUACUAUUUGGGGACUCAGCCUUCGUUUGGAUAGAUAGAAAGGUAGAGGGAGAAAUGCCUGGGCUAGCCCAGUAGAGGUCAUAAGGUCGUUUUUGCACGUCACACCAUAUAAGCCUCACUGGGAGUCAGAGACGGGUGAGCUGAGGGAUGCACCGUUCGUUUUCAAAUGAAAACCUUCAUAAGGAUGAGUUAUUUUUUACUCCUCCCCGUUUUACAUUUUUAACUGUUUGUUGUUCGAGAUGCGAGCAGGUAAUUUAUUUCACCCGUGCCAAUAUAUGGCCUUGAAAAUAACUAGUCUCGACUGCAAGAGUUUGACUGUAAUAGGACAUGACCAUUAGAAGUUUUGGCUGUGUUAUGCGGAGGAUGGGCUAGCUUCCAAAUUGCACCCUAUUCCCUUUAUAGUGCAGUAUUCAGACCCCUUGACCUUUUCCACAUUUUGUGACGUUACAGCCUUAUUCUGAAAUUGAUUAUUGUUUUUUCCUCUCAUCAAUCUACACAUAAUGACAGAGCAAAAAAAAAGUGUUUUGACAUUUUUGCUAAUUUAUUACAAAAUAAAAGUAUUCAGACUCUUUACUCAGUACUUUGUUGAAGCACCUUUCGUAGCGAUUACAGCAUCGAGUCUUCUUGGGUAUGACGCUACAAGCUUGGCACACCUGUAUUUGGGGACUUUCUCCCAUUCUUCUCUGCAGAUCCUCUCAAGCUCUGUCAGGUAGGAUGGGGAGCAUUGCUGCACAGCUACUUUCAGGUCUCUCCAGAGAUGUUCAAUCGGGUUCGAGUCCGGGCUCUGGCUGGGCCUCUCAAGGACAUUCAGAGACUUGUCCCGAAGCCACUCCUGCAUUGUCUUGGCUGUGUGCUUAGGGUUGUUGUCCUGUUGGAAGGUGAACCUUCACCCCAGUCUGAGGUCCUGAGUGCUCUGGAGCAGGUUUUCAUCAAGGAUCUCUCUGUACUUUGCUCCGAUAAUAUUUUCCUCGAUCCUGACUAGUAUCCCAGUGCCUGCUGCUGAAAAACAUCCCCACAGCAUGAUGCUGCCACCACCAUGCUUCACCGUAGGGAUGGUGCCAGGUUUCCUCCAGACGUGACGCUUGGGAUUGAGGCCAAAGAGUUAAAUCUUGGUUUCAUCAGACCAGAUAAUUUAGGUGCCUUUUGGCAACUCUAAGCACGGACUGUCAUGUGCCUUUUACUGAGGAGUGGCUUCCGUCUGGCCACUCUACCAUAAAGGCCUGAUUGGUGGAGUGUUGCAGAGAUGGUUGUCCUUCUGGAAGGUUCUCCCAUCUCCACAGAGGAACUCUAGAGCUCUGUAAGAGUAACCAUUGGGUUCUUGGUCACCUCCCUGACCAAGGCCCUUUUCCCCCGAUUGCUCAGUUUGGCCAGGUGGCCAGCUCUAGGAAGAGUCUUGGUGGUUCUAAACUUCUUCCAUUUAAGAAUGAUGGAGGCCAUUGUGUUCUCGGGGAGCUUCAAUGCUGCAGAAAUGUUUUGGUACCCUUCCCCAGAUCCGUGCCUAGACACAAUCCUCUCUCGGAGCUCUACGGACAAUUCCUUCGACCUCAUGGCUUGGUUUUUUCUCAGACAUGCACUGUCAACUGUGGGACCUUAUAUAGACAGGUGUGGGCCUUUCCAAAUCAUGUCCAAUCAAUUGAAUUUACCACAGGUUGACUCCAAUCCAGUUGUAGAAACAUCUCAAGGAUGAUAUAUGAAAAAUUUAUGCACUCACUGUCAGUCGCUCUGGAUAAGAGCAUCUGCUAAAUGACUAAAAUCAAAAAUGGUCAAUGAAAAAGGAUGCACCUGAGCUCAAUUUCGAGUCUCAUAGCAAAGGGUCUGAAUACUUAUGUAAAUAAGUUAUUUCUGAAAACCUGUUUUCGCUUUGUCAUUAUGGGGUAUUGUGUGUAGAUUGCUGAGGAAUUGUUGUCAUUAAUCAAUUUUAGCAUAAGUCUGUAACGUAAGUGUGUAAAAAGUGAAGGGGUCUGAAUACUUUCUGAAGGCACUGUGUGUAUGUGUAUAUAUAUAUAUGUGUGUGUGUGUGUGUGUGUGUGUGUGUGUGUGUAUGUAUAUAUGUGUGUGUGCGUGUGUGUGUGUGUGUGUGUGUGUGUGUGUGUGUGUAUGUGUAUAUAUACAGUGGGGGAAAAAAGUAUUUAGUCAGCCACCAAUUUUGCAAGUUCUCCCACUUAAAAAGAUGAGAGAGGCCUGUAAUUUUCAUCAUAGGUACACGUCAACUAUGACAGACAAAAUGAGAAGAAAAAAAAUCCAGAACAUCACAUUGUAGGAUUUUUAAUGAAUUUAUUUGCAAAUUAUGGUGGAAAAUAACUAUUUGGUCAAUAACAAAAGUUUCUCAAUACUUUGUUAUAUAGCCUUUGUUGGCAAUGAUACAGGUCAAAUGUUUUCUGUAAGUCUUCACAAGGUUUUCACACACUGUUGCUGGUAUUUUGGCCCAUUCCUCCAUGCAUAUCUCCUCUAGAGCAGUGAAGUUUUGGGGCUGUCGCUGGGCAACACGGACUUUCAACUCCCUCCAAAGAUUUUCUAUGGGGUUGAGACUGGCUAGGCCACUCCAGGACCUUGAAAUGCUUCUUACGAAGCCACUCCUUCGUUGCCCGGGCGGUGUGUUUGGGAUCAUUGUCAUGCUGAAAGACCCAGCCACGUUUCAUCUUCAAUGCCCUUGCUGAUGGAAGGAGGUUUUCACUCAAAAUCGCACGAUACAUGGCCCCAUUCAUUAUUUCCUUUACACGGAUCAGUCGUCCUGGACCCUUUGCAGAAAAACAGCCCCAAAGCAUGACGUUUCCACCCCCAUGCUUCACAGUAGGUAUGGUGUUCUUUGGAUGCAACUCAGCAUUCUUUGUCCUCCAAACACGAUGAGUUGUGUUUUUACCAAAAAGUUAUAUUUUGGUUUAAUCUGACCAUAUGACAUUCUCCCAAUCCUCUUCUGGAUCAUCCAAAUGCACUCUAGCAAACUUCAGACGGCCUGGACAUGUACUGGCUUAAGCAGGAUUUGAGUCCCUGGCGGCAUAGUGUGUUACUGAUGGUAGGCUUUGUUACUUUGGUCCCAGCUCUCUGCAGGUCAUUCACUAGGUCCCCCCGUGUGGUUCUGGGAUUUUUGCUCACCGUUCUUGUGAUCAUUUUGACCCCACGGGGUGAGAUCUUGCGUGGAGCCCCAGAUCGAGGGAGAUUAUCAGUGGUCUUGUAUGUCUUCCAUUUCCUAAUAAUUGCUCCCACAGUUGAUUUCUUCAAACCAAGCUGCUUACCUAUUGCAGAUUCAGUCUUCCCAGCCUGGUGCAGGUCUACAAUUUUGUUUCUGGUGUCCUUUGACAGUUCUUUGGUCUUGGCCAUAGUGGAGUUUGGAGUGUGACUGUUUGAGGUUGUGGACAGGUGUCUUUUAUACUGAUAACAAGUUCAAACAGGUGCCAUUAAUACAGGUAACGAGUGGAGGACAGAGGAGCCUCUUAGAGAAGAAGUUACAGGUCUGUGAGAGCCAGACAACUUGUUUGUUUGUAGGUGACCAAAUGCUUAUUUUCCACCAUAAUUUGCAAAUAAAUUCAUUAAAAAUCCUACAAUGUGAUUUUCUGGAUUUUUUUCUCUCAAUUUGUCUGUCAUAGUUGACGUGUACCUAUGAUGAAAAUUACAGGCCUCUCUCAUCUUUUUAAGUGGGAGAACUUGCACAAUUGGUGGCUGACUAAAUACUUGUUCUCCCAACUGUAUGUAUGUAUGUAUGUGUGUAUAUGUAUAUAUAUAUAUAUAUAUAUAUAUAUAUAUAUAUAUAUAUAUAUAUAUAUAUAUACACAUACAUACACAUACAUACAUACAUACAUACAUACAUACAUACAUACAUACAUACAUACAUACAUACAUACAUACAGUGGGGAGAACAAGUAUUUGAUACACUGCCGAUUUUGCAGGUUUUCCUACUUACAAAGCAUGUAGAGGUCUGUAAUUUUUAUCAUAGGUACACUUCAACUGUGAGAGACGGAAUCUAAAACAGAAAUCCAGAAAAUCACAUUUCAUGAUUUUUAAGUAAUUAAUUUGCAUUUUAUUGCAUGACAUAAGUAUUUGAUCACCUACCAACCAGUAAGAAUUCCGGCUCUCACAGACCUGUUAGUUUUUCUUUAAGAAGCCCUCCUGUUCUCCACUCAUUACCUGUAUUAACUGCACCUGUUUGAACUCAUUACCUGUAUAGAAGACACCUGUCCACACACUCAAUCAAACAGACUCCAACCUCUCCACAAUGGCCAAGACCAGAGAGCUGUGUAAGGACAUCAGGGAUAAAAUUGUAGACCUGCACAAGGCUGGGAUGAGCUACAGGACAAUAGGCAAGCAGGUGAGAAGGCAACAAAUGUUGGCGCAAUUAUUAGAAAAUGGAAGAAGUUCAAGAUGACGGUCAAUCACCCUCGGUCUGGGGCUCCAUGCAAGAUCUCCCCUCGUGGGGCAUCAAUGAUCAUGAGGAAGGUGAGGGAUCAGCCCAGAACUACACGGCAGGACCUGAUCAAUGACCUGAAGAGAACUGGGACCACAGUCUCAAAGAAAACCAUUAGUAACACACUACGCCGUCAUGGAUUAAAAUCCUGCAGCGCAAGCAAGGUCCCCCUGUUCAAGCCAGCGCAUGUCCAGGCCCGUCUGAAGUUUGCCAAUGACCAUCUGGAUGAUCCAGAGGAGGAAUGGGAGAAGGUCAUGUGGUCUGAUGAUACAAAAAUAGAGCUUUUUGGUCUAAACUCCACUCGCCUUGUUUGGAGGAAGAAGAAGGAUGAGUACAACCCCAAGAACACCAUCCCAACCGUGAAGCAUGGAGGUGGAAACAUCAUUCUUUGGGGAUGCUUUUCUGCAAUGGGGACAGGACGACUGCACCUUAUUGAGGGGAGGAUGGAUGGGGCCAUGGAUCGCGAGAUCUUGGCCAACAACCUCCUUCCCUCAGUAAGAGCAUUGAAGAUGGGUCGUGGCUGGGUCUUCCAGCAUGACAACGACCCGAAACACACAGCCAGGGCAACUAAGGAGUGGCUCCGUAAGAAGCAUCUCAAGGUCCUGGAGUGGCCUAGCCAGUCUCCAGAUCUGAACCCAAUAGAAAAUCUUUGGAGGGAACUGAAAGUCCGUAUUGCCCAGCGACAGCCCAGAAACCUGAAGGAUCUGGAGAAGGUCUGUAAGGAGGAGUGGGCCAAAAUUCCUGCUGCAGUGUGUGCAAACCUGGUCAAUACCUACAGGAAACGUAUGAUCUCUGUAAUUGCAAACAAAGGUUUCUGUACCAAAUAUUAAGUUCUGCUUUUCUGAUGUACAAAUACUUAUGUCAUGCAAUAAAAUGCAAAUUAAUUACUUAAAAAUCAUACAAUGUGAUUUUCUGGAUUUUUGUUUUAGAUUCCGUCUCUCACAGUUGAAGUGUACCUAUGAUAAAAAUUACAGACCUCUACAUGCUUUGUAAGUAGGAAAACCUGCAAAAUCGGCAGUGUAUCAAAUACUUGUUCUCCCCACUGUAUAUGUGUGUGUGUGUAUGUGUGUGUGUAUAUAUAUAUAUAUAUAUAUAUAUAUAUAUAUAUAUAUAUAUAUAUAUAUAUAUAUAUAUAUAUAUAUAUACUGCUCAAAAAAAUAAAGGGAACACUUAAACAACACAAUGGAACUCCAAGUCAAUCACACUUCUGUGAAAUCAAACUGUCCACUUAGGAAGCAACACUGAUUGACAAUAAAUUUCACAUGCUGUUGUGCAAAUGGAAAAGACAACAAGUGGAAAUUAUAGGCAAUUAGCAAGACACCCCCAAUAAAUGACUGGUUUUGCAUGUGGUGACCACAGACCACUUCUCAGUUCCUAUGCUUCCUUUUUGGUCACUUUUGAAUGCUGGUGGUGCUUUCACUCUAGUGGUAGCAUGAGACGGAGUCUACAACCCACCCAAGUGGCUCAGGUAGUACAGCUCAUCCAGGAUGGCACAUCAAUGCGAGCUGUGGCAAGAAGGUUUGCUGUGUCUGUCAGCGUAGUGUCCAGAGCAUGGAGGCGCUUCCAGGAGACAGGCCAGUACAUCAGGAGACGUGGAGGAGGCCGUAGGAGGGCAACAACCCAGCAGCAGGACUGCUACCUCCGCCUUUGUGCAAGGAGGAGCAGGAGGAGCACUGCCAGAGCCCUGCAAAAUGACCUCCAGCAGGCCACAAAUGUGCAUGUGUCUGCUCAAACGGUCAGAAACAGACUCCAUGAGGGUGGUAUGAGGGCCUGACGUCCACAGGUGGGUUUUGUGCUUACAGCCCAACACCGUGCAGGACGUUUGGCAUUUGCCAGAGAACACCAAGAUUGACAAAUUCACCACUGGCGCCCUGUGCUCUUCACAGAUGAAAGCAGGUUCACACUGAGCACGUGACAGACGUGACAGAGUCUGGAGACGCCGUGGAGAACGUUCUGCUGCCUGCAACAUCCUCCAGCAUGACCGGUUUGGCGGUGGGUUAGUCAUGGUGUGUGGUGGCAUUUCUUUGGGGGGCCGCACAGCCCUCCAUGUGCUCGCCAGAGGUAGCCUGACUGCCAUUAGGUACCGAGAUGAGAUCCUCAGACCCCUUGUGAGACCAUAUGCUGGUGCGGUUGGCCCUGGGUUCCUCCUAAUGCAAGACAAUGCUAGACCUCAUGUGGCUGGAGUGUGUCAGCAGUUCCUGCAAGAGGAAGGCAUUGAUGCUAUGGACUGGCCCGCCCGUUCCCCAGACCUGAAUCCAAUUGAGCACAUCUGGGACAUCAUGUCUCGCUCCAUCCACCAACGCCACGUUGCACCACAGACUGUCCAGGAGUUGGCGGAUGCUUUAGUCCAGGUCUGGGAGGAGAUCCCUCAGGAGACCAUCCGCCACCUCAUCAGGAGCAUGCCCAGGCAUUGUAGGGAGGUCAUACAGGCACGUGGAGGCCACACACACUACUGAGUCUCAUUUUGACUUGUUUUAAGGACAUUACAUCAAAGUUGGAUCAGCCUGUAGUGUGGUUUUCCACCUUAAUUUUGAGGGUGACUCCAAAUCCAGACCUCCAUGGGUUGAUAAAUUUGAUUUCCAUUGAUAAUUUUUGUGUGAUUUUGUUGUCAGCACAUUCAACUAUGGAAAGAAAAAAGUAUUUAAUAAGAUUAUUUCAUUCAUUUAGAUCUAGGAUGUGUUAUUUUAGUGUUCCCUUUAUUUUUUUGAGCUAUAUAUAUAUAUAUAUAUAUAUAUUUUUUUUUUUUUUUUGAGUUUCUUCAAAGUAGCCACCCUUUGCCUUGAUGACAGCUUUGCACGCUCUUGGUAUUCUCUCAACCAGCUUCAUGAGGUAGUCACCUGGAGGCAUUUCAAUUAACAGGUGUGCCUUGUUCAUUUGUGGAAUUUCUUUCCUCAAUGUAUUUGAGCCAAUCAGUUGUGUUGUGACAAGGUAGGGGUGGUAUAUAGAAGAUAGCCCUAAUUGGUAAAAGACCAAGUCCAUAUUAUGAUAAGAACAGCUCAAAUAAGCAAAGAGAAACGACAGUCCAUCAUUACUUUAAGACAUGAAGGUCAGUCAUGUCCUUUUGCAGUCGCAAAAACCAUCAAGCGCUAUGAUGAAACUGGCUCUCAUGAGGACCACCACAGGAAAGGAAGACCCAGAGUUACCUCUGCUGCAGAGGAUAAGUUCAUUAGAGUUACCAGCCUCAGAAAUUGCAGCCCAGAUAAAUGCUUCAGAGUUCAAGCAACAGACACAUCUCAACAUCAACUGUUCAGAGGAGACUGCGUGAAUCAGGCCUUCAUAAUAAUAUGCCAUUUAGCAGACGCUUUUAUCCAAAGCGACUUACAGUCAUGCGUGCAUACAUUUUUUGUGUAUGGGUGGUCCCGGGGAUCGAACCCACUACCUUGGUGUUACAAGCGCCGUGCUCUACCAGCUGAGCUACAGAGGACCACGGUCGAAUUGCUGCAAAGAAACCACUACUAAAGGGCACCAAUAAGGAGAAGAGACUUGCUUGGGCCAAAAAAUGUGAGCAAUGGACAUUAGACCGGUGGAAAUCUGGCCUUUGGUCUGGAGUCAAAAUUUGAGAUUUUUGGUUCCAACCGCCGUGUCUUUGUGAGAUGCAGUGUAGGUGAACGGAUGAUCUCCGCUUGUGUAGUUCCCACCAUGAAGCAUGGAGGAGGUGGUGUGGGGGUGCUUUGCUGGUGACAUUGUCUUAUUUAUUUAGAGUUCAAGGCAGACUUAACCAGCAUGGCUACCACAGCGUUCUGCAGCGAUACGCCAUCCCAUCUGCUUUGGGCUUAGUUUACAUUUACAUUUACGUCAUUUAGCAGACACUCUUAUCCAGAGCGACUUACAAAUUGGUGCAUUCAACUUAUGAUAGCCAGUGGGACAACGACCCUAUUAUUUAUAUAUAUAUAUAUAUUUUUUUUUUAUUAAACGGUGGGGGAGGGGGGGUUAGAAUGAUUUACUUUUAUACUAUUCCAGGUAUUCCUUAAAGAGGUAGGGUUUCAAGUGUCUCUGGAAGUUGGUCAGUGACUCCGCUGUCCUGGCAUCGUGGGGGAGCUUGUUCCACCAUUGGGAUGCCAGAGCAGCGAAUAGUUUUGACUGGGUUGAGCGGGAACUGUGCUUCCGCAGAGGUAGGGGGGCUAGCAGGCUAGAGGUGGAUGAACGUAGUGCCCUCGUUUGGGUGUAGGGUCUGAUCAGAGCCUGAAGGUAAGGAGGUGCCGUUCCCCUCACAGCUCCGUAGGCAAGCACCAUGGUUUUGUAGUAGAUGCAAGCUUCAACUGGAAGCCAGUGGAGUGUGCGGAGGAGCGGGGUGACAUGAGAGAACUUGGGAAGGUUGUACACCAGACGGGCUGCAGCGUUCUGGAUAAGUUGUAGGGGUUUAAUGGCACUGGCAGGGAGCCCAGCCAACAGCGAGUUGCAGUAAUCCAGACGGGAGAUGACAAGUGCCUGGAUUAGGACCUGUGCCACUUUCUGUGUAAGGUAGAGUCGUACUCUGCGGAUGUUGUAGAGCAUGAACCUGCAGGAUCGGGUCACCGCUUUGAUGUUAGCGGAGAACGACAGGGUGUUGUCCAGGGUCACGCCAAGGUUCUUUGCGCUCUGGGAGGAGGACACAAUGGAGUUGUCAACCGUGAUGGCGAGAUCAUGGAGCGGGCCGUCCUUCCCCGGGAGGAAGAGCAGCUCCGUCUUGCCGAGGUUCAGCUUGAGGUGGUGAUCCGUCAUCCACACUGAUAUGUCUGCCAGACAUGCAGAGAUGCGAUUCGCCACAUGGUUAUCAGAAGGGGGAAAGGAGAAAAUGAAUUGUGUGUCGUCUGCGUAGAAAUGAUAGGAGAGACCAUGUUAGUAUAUGACAAAGCCAAGUGACUUGGUGUAUAGAGAGAAUAGGAGAGGGCCUAGAACUGAGCCCUGUGGGACACCAGUGGUGAGAGCACGUGGUGCGGAGACAGAUUCUCGCCACGCCACCUGGUAGGAGCGACCUGUCAGGUAGGACGCAAUCCAAGAGUGAGCAGCGCCGGAGAUGCCCAACUCGGAGAGGGUGGAGAGGAGGAUCUGAUGGUUCACAGUAGUGUGAGUAUCAUGGGACUAUCAUUUGUUUUUCAUCAAGACAAUGAGCCAACACACACCUCCAGCCUGUGUCAGGGCUAUUUUACCAAGAAGGAGUGUGAUGGAGUGCUGCAUCAGAGGACCUGGCCUCCACAAUCACCCGACCUCUGACCAAUUUAGAUGGUUUGGGAUGAGUUGGACCGCAGAGUGAAGGAAAACCAGCCAACAAGUGCUCAGCAUAUGUGGGAACUCCUUCAAGACUGUUGGAAAAGCAUUCCAGGUGAAGCUGGUUGAGAGAAAGCCAGGAGUGUGCAAAGCUGUCAUCAAGGCAAAGGGUUGCAAUUUGAAGAAUCUCAAAUAUAAAAUAUAUUUUGAUUUGUUUAACACUUUUUUUGACCGUCUAGGCAUAGUUGAAAGAAAAAGCCAUAUCUCAGACUGCCCAUUUUAAUAUUCUCUUUUUAUUGGCCUGUCUGAGAUAUUGCUUUUUCUUUGCAACUCCACCUAGAAGGUCAGCAUCCCGGAGUCACCUCUUAACUGUUGACGUUGAGACUUGUUUUUUGCGGGUACUAUUUAAUGAAGCUGCUAGUUGAGGACCUGUGAGGCGUCUGUUUCUCAAACUAGACACUAAUGUAUUUGUCCUCUUGCUCAGUUGUGCACUGGGGCCUCCCACUCCUCUUUCUAUACUGGUUAGAACAAGUUUGCGCUGUUCUGUGAAGGGUGUAGUACACAGCGUUGUACGAGAUCUUCAGUUUCUUGGCAAUUUCUCGCAUGGAAUAGCCUUCAUUUCUCAGAACAAGAAUAGACUUACGAGAUUUAGAAGAAAGUUCUUUGUUUCUUGCCAUUUUGAGCCUUUAGUCGAACCCACAAUUGCUGACGCUCCAGCAGAAGAGCCAGUUUUAUAGCUUCUUUAAUCAGCACAACAGUUUUCAGCUGUGCUAACAUAAUUGCAAAUGGGUUUUCUAAUGAUCAAUUAGCAUUUUAAAAUGAUCAACUUGGAUUAGCGAACACAACGUGCCAUUGGAACACAGGACUGAUGGUUGCUGAUAAUGGGCCUCUGUACGCCUAUGUAGAUAUUCCAUAAAAUAUCUGCCGUUUCCAGCUACUAUAGCCAUUUACAACAUUAACAAUGUCUACACUGUAUUUCUGAUCAAUUUGAUAUUAUUUUAAUGGACAAAAAAUUGCUUUUCUUUCGAAAACAAGGACAUUUCUAAGUGACCCCAAACUUUUGAACUGUAGUAUAUGUAUAUGUUUGGACACAUCUAGUCAUUCAAGGGUUUUUAUUUUUAGUAUUUUAAUUUUUUUUAUGUUUACUCUUUUUAUUGUCCGGUCUCAUCACGAACAGCCACAUACUGUACAGUCAUGGUCAACAUUUUUGAGAAUGACACAAAUACUAACUUUCACAAAGUCUGCUGCCUCAGUUUUGAUGAUGGCAAUUUGCAUAUACUCCAGAAUGUCAUGAAGAGUGAUCAGAUGAAUUGCGAAGUCCAUCUUUGCCAUAAAAAUGAACUUAAUCCCCAAAAAACAUUUCCACUGCAUUUCAGCCCUGCCACAAAAGGACCAGCUGCCAUCAUGUCAGUGAUUCUCUCGUUAACACAGGUGAGAGUGUUGACGAGGACAAGGCUGGAAAUCACUCUGUCAUGCUGAUUUGAGUUAGAAUAACAGACUGGAAGCUUUAAAAGGAGGGUUGUGCUUGAAAUUAUUGUUCUUCUUCUGUUAAUCAUGGUUACCUGCAAGAAAACACGUGCCGUCAUCAUUGCUUUGCACAAAAAGGGCUUCACAGGCAAGGAUAUUGCUGCUAGUAAGAUUGCACCUAAAUCAACCAUUUAUCGGAUCAUCAAGAACUUCAAGGAGAGAGGUUCAAUUGUUGUGAAGAAGGCGUCAGGGCGCCCCAGAAAGUCCAGCAAGCGCCAGGACCGUCUCCUAAAGUUGAUUCAGCUGCGGGAUCGGGGCACCACCAGUGCAGAGCUUGCUCAGGAAUGGCAGCAGGCAGGUGUGAGGCAAAGACUUUUGGAGGAUGGCCUGGUGUCAAGAAGGGCAGCAAAGAAGCCACUUCUCUCCAGGAAAAACAUCAGGGACAGACUGAUAUUCUGCAAAAGGUACAGGGAUUGGACUGCUGAGGACUGGGGUUAAGUCAUUUUCUCUGAUGAAUCCCCUUUCCGAUUGUUUGGGGCAAGGUGAGUGCUACCAUCAGACAAGGUGAGCGCUACCAUCCGUCCUGUGUUAUGCCAACAGAAAAGCGUCCUGAGACAAUUCAUGUGGGGGGUUGCUUCUCAGCCAAGGGAGUGGGCUCAUUCACAAUUUUGCCUAAGAACACUGCCAUGAAUAAUAAUAAAUAUAAUAAUAAAGAAUGGUACCAACACAUCCUCCGAGAGCAACUUCUCCCAACCAUCCAAGAACAGUUUGGUGACGACCAAUGCCUUUUCAAGCAUGAUGGAGCACCUUGCCAUAAGGCAAAAGUGAUAACUAAGUCGCUCGGGGAACAAAACAUCGAAAUGUUGGGUCCAUGGCCAGGAAACUCCCCAGACCUUAAUCCCAUUGAGAACUUGUGGUCGGUCCUCAAGAGGCGGGUGGACAAACAAAAACCCACAAACUCCAAGAAUUGAUUAUGCAAGAAUGGGCUGCCAUCAGUCAGGAUGUGGCCCAAAAGUUAAUUGACAUCAUGCCAGGGCGGAUUGCAGAGGUCUUGAAAAAGAAGGGUCAACACUGCAAAUAUUGACUCUUUGUAUAAACUCAAUGUAAUUGUCAAUAAAAGCCUUUGACACUAAUGGAAUGCUUGUAAUUAUACUUCAGUAUACCAUAGUAACAUCUGACAAAAAUAUCUCAUAACACUCAUAACAAAGCAAUGGACAAUGCAUUCUAGAAAAACGGUUGUAUAUAAAUACACUGAAGCACGAAAUAAAACAAUCUCUCAGCAUGUUGGUAGACUUUCAUUGUUGACUUAGAUGCUGAUUUAUUAAUACAAAUGUUCAUGUCUAGAAAACAAGAUAUUUAAAGUAUAAUCAAAUCAAAUAUUUGUCACAUGCUUCGUAAACAACAGGUGUAGACUAACAGUGAAAUGCUUACUUACAACAAUGCAAUAUUUUCUCUAGAUAUCUUUGUUGCACAAUUAAAGAUCAAUACACUGCAUUUCAAACAGUCAGGAAUAAUAUAAUAAAUUCAGGGCCUGUGAAAUUAUAGCAAAGCUAAAUAUAAGCCUUCUACAACCGUACCCACUAAUAAUUGUAUUAUUUUAUCGAACUAGUUUAUUCACCUUUUUUUCCAAUAAUCACUGAUCUGGCUUUCAAAUCGGUCUAUGAAAAUGCCCUUUUUGUUAGAAAUUUUAGCAGAACCAUUCACAAUGCACACCCACUAAUAAUGACCAACUUCUUAUAGCAGACUUUAUAGAAACUGAAUACCAGUCUUUUGAGCACAAGCCCAAGUUCUAGUGAGUAGCCAGUUAAACAUUCGAUUUGAAGUCUAGCCAACUUGGAUCUAUUUGCUUGUUAACAAUUUAGAACACUUUAACUGUUAUGAAUACACCCUCCAUUCCAUCUCCAGCUAUUUUUAACAACAACCUUUUCAGUUUGUUCAGAUAUUGAAAUCAAUUGGCCUACCUGAUAAGAAAAUGCUUAUUUCUCAGAAUGAGAACGACUUGCUAAUUAUUUAUAUAAAUGUGUCUCUUUAUGCUCAUUGUACAUUUAUAAAACACAAACUAGACAGCUAGCACAUAAAUCUGUGACUAAAAUACUGCUAGGGGUUUGUGGUCCCGCAGUGCAGCGCGCGACAAACUGAGCAUGAAUUUUCCACAAUCAUGUUCAUUGAUACUCUCGUUUUAGUAGGGUCUUCUCUGUUCUACAUUUUGGGAGUUGAAACAUAAAAAUGGUAUCAUUAGAAAGGUUAUUUUCUCACCUAUUACAGUAAAAUAAUGUCUAAGUGUUUCGGUGUCCAUAUGACCGAUUCUGUUCUCCCCCCAAAAAAUGAUAACCUUGAUUCUGCGAUACAGGCAUUUGAAACAUUGCGUUAAUUAAAUAUACCGCCCAGCCCUAACUGUGCCCCAUGGUCAGCCAUUUUGGAUAUAACAUGUUUUUGGUUGCCUGCACACAGCUGGUUACCUGUGAGAUUGUGACCCAUCGUCAGCCGUCUUGGAUCUUACGGCUCUGUUUGUAUGUGUUUCCUGUCUCCACAGUGUCCAUCUGUACUACCUGUUCCCCAGUCUGGAGGAAGGAGGGCUGGCAACCUACAGAACAGCCAUCGUACAGAACCAACACCUGGCCAUGCUCGCC